CCAAAUUCCAAGGCUAUAUGAUACCAAGGAUUAAGGAAGACUCUUACGUGGUUCCCUAGGUUCCUGUCUCGCCUCUCUUGUCAAGUCUUACCUGUCCUUGAUUUAGAUCCAAGUGAAACUCAUAGCCAGUGAAACUUUUGUCUUCGAAGCAUUCGAACUCAAGAACAAAAAAAAAAAAAAAUCCAAAUCUUGCAUAUACAUAACGCAUUUAAUUACUCCAGUCUCCUGAAGGGUAGUUUCAAAAAAGGCCACUACACUUUUUAUCGCCAUUACAGAAUCUAAGGGCCUUGUUUUUGUGGUAGAUUUCAAAAGGAGAAGUAUUUGCUGUGGUUGAGGCAUAUUCAACAUGUCCCGGUUAUCACCUCGUAGGAACCAGAGAUCAAAAGGUUUUAAGGUCAAGCAUGCUCUGCAAAUAUGUCUUCUGAUCGGUGUUUGCGGCUGGCUACUUUACCAAGUGAAGCACUCUCAUGAUAAGAAAGCAGCAUAUGAGAAAAGUGUGAAAACAGAGAAUGAUGUUGUGAAAUUAGGGAGAAAGGACCUCCAGCCUGAAGUCAAAGAAAAUUUCAUUGGAGAUGAGAGGCACAAGGAGGAGGAAGAGGAAGAGAGCAAGAGCGAAGAAGAAAGCAAACCUGAUGAUAACACAGGAACAGAGGGUGGCGAUGAUGAGAUUCAUGAUCAUUUUCAUGAUAAGACUGAGCGUAGAGAAGAUUCUAUAGAUGGGGAGAAGGAAGCAGAGGAUAAGACUGAAGAGGGAGUUGAGCAUAGAGAGGAUUCUGUGGAUGGAGAGAAGGAAAGGGAAGUGAGAAAUGAGAACGUCAGUGAAGGGAUGGAGAGGGAGGGUACAAGGGAUAAUGUUAAUGAUGACAGCGAGAAGGGAGAGGUCAGGGAGAAUGCUAGUGAGGAUAAGGAGACUGAAGAGAGCAAAAGGAGUGAUGGUGAAGAUAAGGAGAAUGUAGAGGGAAAAGAGAUGGAAAUUGAAGAGAGCAAAGAAAGUGAAAGCAUAAACAAAGAGACUGAAGAAAGCAAGGAGAAUGAAGAGAGCAAAGAAAGUGAAAGCGAGCACAGAGAGAAUGAAGAGAGCAAAGAAAGUGAAAGCGAGCAAAGAGAAAGCCAAGAGAGGAAGGAGAAUGAAGAGAGCAGAGAAAGUGAAAGCGAAAACAGAGAGAAUGAAGACAGCAAGGAGAAUGAAGAGAGAAAAGAAAGUGAAAGUGAGCACAGAGAGACUGAAGACAGCAAGGAGCACGAAGAGAGCAAAGAGACUGCAAACGAGAAUAAAGAAAAUGCAAGUGAAGAAAAGGAAAGGGCGGAAGAGAGUCAGCAGAAGGAAAUUAAAGAGGUUGUGGAACAAAGCAAUGAGGAAGAAAAUAAAGAAAAAGAGUUAGAGAGUAAAGUUACAAAAGAGGAUCAAGUUAAUGAUGGAAAUAAUGCACAUAGUGAGGAGGCAAGGGAGGAACAUUACAAGGGGGAUGAUGCAUCCAGUGCAGUAGCCCAUCAAACUCAGAAUGAUACGCCUGAAGAGGAGCAAGGUGAUUUGAAGAAAUCUGGUGAGGGAGAGCCAGUGGAAAACAAAGAGAAGAAUCAAUUAGAGUUUGAAAAUAGAACAAAUAAUACUGACGUGGUUGACUUCAAUCAAAAUGAAGUUCCAAAGGUGAAAGAAUCUGACUCCGGAGAAAAUGAUGAUUCCGCAAAUGCAAAAACAAGUGAAGAGGGUAGUAAUGAAAAUAAUAAGCAAGACUUAGAGGAUGGUUCCCAUGAUACUUCCACGGUAGCAACAGUGAAUGAACAGCAGCAUGAAGAUUCUAACUCCAUUCAAGUUACUGCAGAUAACGUGGCAUCAAAAGAAGAGGAGUCAACCAUGAAUAAUGUUGUGCUAGAGCAAACUGAGAAACCUGAAUCAGUUGCUAGCAACCAGCAAUCAGAUUCAAACUCAACACAUUCCAGUACAACUAAUAAUGGAGAUUCAACAAAUGUAGAAUCAAUGGACUCUAGCAAUUCUGGAUCUGUUGCGUCCAAUGGACAGACCAACUCCAUUACACCCUUGUUGACAAGCCAAAAUGGUGAUGCAGCUCAGAUUGACAAGUCCAACAGUAGUUCUAGUGUUGAAGGGAGUACGGAAAUUGUUCUACCAUUAAACACAAAUGAAAGUGCUGAUGCUGGGCAAACCGGACAUGGUGAUUCUCUGCACUCUGAACAGAAAGACACAUCCUCAAACACAAAUAACGAUGCUAAUACUGGCCAAGAGCAACAAGGUAACAAUUGGAGCUCUCAAGAGAAAGAUAAGUUAUCAAUCAGUAGUAACAAUGAUGGUGCUGACCAGAGUUCUGCUACCAGCAAUGCAAACAACAACGACAAUGAAAAUGUCAACGCUGAUGCAAGCCAAAAAGAACAGGUUGAUCCUAACAAUGGCAAUGCUGGCGAGAACAGCCACUCAAACUACAAUGGCAAUGCAAACGAAAACACAGAUGCAAACCAAAAUGAACAAGUUGAAUCUUCUGAUUCUUCAACGUCUCGAGAAGAAGGAGAUGUAUCCACAAACACUAGUAGCAGCAUCGAUGUGAAGCAGAAUGGUUCUGUUGAUUCUUCCAUUUCUCAAGAAGAAAAGGAGGCUCGAACAGACUUGGGAACUUUGCCUGGUUCUGGAACCAAAGGAGCUAAUGGUGGAGAUGCAGCUACGGAGUGAAGUUUCUAUUAGGUUACAGGGUUUACUUGAACCAUUAUUCUUGUCAUUAAGAUUUUGGAUUUUUUCCCCCUUCUCCCUUGAUGAUCAGGAAAUGUGCAAGGUUGUGCUUUACUGCAAUUAUACUAUCUAAAGAAUAUUUUACGUUGCUUUUCUACGUGAACAAGUAGACAAGAGUAUUGAAGAUUUGUUGUAUCAGAGGCUUCAAUAAGAUUAAAGCAGAAUCCUUGUGUUUGUUG